GCUAAUAACACUCACUUGACAGUAGCGCCUUGUGGAAAGCCGUUGAACGAUUUGUCGAUAUUCUGUUUCAUUACGCUUUCGGGAACCUGUUAAAAGGGUGAUUGCACGUCAUCGUUAAACAGUUUUGUGGAUAGAAAAGUAACAAAGAAUUCGCGUAAUUGAUAUUUCACAUUUUUGUUGGUAUAGAUUCCAACGAAAUUAGAAAGUGAAACAGCAAAAAUGAAGAUUUACAUCGCGCUCUGCGCGAUUCUUGCUGUAUGUACAGCAAGAGUAGUAAUUAAUGCUUAUGAUCCAUCUGAUCUUCACCUUUUGGGGGCUGAAGAAUGUACAUGGGGACCUUCGUAUUGGUGUGAAAACAUUAAAACAGCUGCAGGAUGUAAUGCAACAAAACACUGUAUUAAAACAACAUGGAAAGAUAUGGAAGUGCCAGAAGAUAAUGACAGUGUUUGUACCAUUUGCAAAGAUAUGGUUCAACAAGCUCGUGAUCAGCUAGAAAGCAAUCAAACACAGGAAGAUUUAAAAGCAGUUUUUGAAGGAAGCUGUAAAUUGAUACAUAUAAAACCAAUUGUACACGAAUGUAUAACAAUUGUAGAUCAAUAUAUUCCCGAUCUUGUUGAAACAUUAGCAUCGCAAAUGAAUCCAUCUGUUGUUUGUUCUGUUUCUGGACUUUGUAAUUCUGCUCACAUAGAUCAACUUCUAUCAGAGCAUGAACAAUCUAAAUCAAAGAUUGACAAAGUAAAGGCUCGUUCUUUGGAAAAAGAUGAAUUAGAACCUGAUGAAUGUUCAAAAUGUUACACAGUUGCAACGCAUAUGGAACAAAAAAUACAUCAGACUCCUCGUGAUAAAAUGCUAAAACACAUGUUUCAUUUAUGUGGAGAACUUAGUACAUUUUCGGAUGCCUGUUCAGCAACCGUUUUAACAUAUUUUAAUACAAUAUAUAAUCAUUUGCAAGAAAAUUUCAAUGCUCCAAAUAUAUGCCACUUAUCUGGCCAGUGCAGUGAUAAAUUCCACAAACAUGAAGAUAUAAAUAAGACGUUAAAUGUAGAGAUUAGACCAUUAUCUAGUGUGGGUAUGGUUGAUGUGAGCGAUGAUCUCCCAUGUAAAUUAUGUGAGCAACUUGUAGGGCAUUUAAGAGAUCUUUUAGUAGCUAAUACUACAGAAGCAGAAUUUCAAGUAGUCUUGGAAGGAUUAUGCAAACAAACAAAAUCAUUCUCAAGCGAAUGUACUGCAAUAGUUGAUGAAUAUUAUCCACAAAUCUAUGAAUAUCUCACAAAAGAAUUAGAUAGUAACUUUAUUUGCCAAAUGAGUGGAAUAUGCCCUGGUCCUGAUAAAUCAGUGGAGGAUGCACCAAUUUGGCCUUUAGUACCUAAAUCUGCAGCCAAAAUAGGCGUACGUAUUUUCCAAAGUGAAAACAAAGAUUUGGAAACUGACAAACAAAGUGCAGAAUUGAGUAAAUCCGAAGUGGAAUCGAUGCAAUUGCCCAUUGAAAGAUUAAUACCUUUCCCUCUAUCAGAAGUUUCGUUAGACGUUACUGGAACAGAAAAAUGUACUCUAUGCGAGUAUAUUUUACAUUAUAUACAGGAUAAAAUGACAAAUCCUGUUACAGAAGAUAAAGUAAAAGAUACAUUGAAAAAAGUAUGUAAGAGAUUGCCAGAGUCUAUAAAAGAUCAAUGUACGGAAUUCGUAGAUACCUAUGGAGACGCCGUAGUGGCCAUAUUAGUUCAAGAAAUUGAUCCGUCACAAGUGUGUCCAAUGCUGCGAUUAUGUCCAUCUGAAAAAUUAAUAAAGUUUUGGAACAAUAUUCCAAAAAAAUUUACACUCGAAGAAGAAGUACAGAAUAAACCGAAUUGUCCACUAUGCUUGCUUGCUGUCUCACAAAUUUAUAACGUUAUAAAAAAUAAUAAGACUGAGGCAAACAUUCAAACCGAGUUGAAUAAAUUAUGUUCGCAUUUACCAAACAGUUUGUCUCAGGAAUGUGAAAGCUUUGUGCAAGGAUACAGUAAAGAACUUAUAGAAUUGUUACUUGCUGACCUAACACCUCAAGAAAUAUGUGUAUACUUUAAAUUAUGCGAUCCAUCCAAAAAUCAUGAUCCAAGCAGUGAAUUCGUUACUGACAAAGAUGGUGAAAUUAUGACUAAUGAAAUACCAGACACGUCGGUAGCUCCUGUAGCCGAUAAAAGUACAUUUUGCGUGGUUUGUGAGUUUGCCAUGCAUUACGUUGACAAAGCACUUGGCAAUGAGAAGGAGAAGAGUAAGGUUGAAAAGGCAGUGCAUACUGUUUGCAAUCAUCUUCCAAAAACUAUUUCCCGAGAAUGUAACCAGUUUGUUGUCAAAUAUGGUGAUGCUGUAAUUGAUAUUAUUACAAAAGAUGUUAGCCCUAAACAAGUUUGUACCAUGAUGGGACUUUGUUCAGUAUUUGAAAAGAGAGUGAAAGCAUAUGUAACUGAAUGUGCUGUAUGCAAAUCAAUCAUAUCUGUGAUAGACGAACUCAUGGAUGAUUCUAAAUAUGAUAACAAUAUUGAGCAAGCAGUAUCGAAAGCUUGUAAAUAUGUACCAGCAAAUAAACAACACAAGUGUGUUUCAUUAAUGGAUAUCUACGAACGAAGCAUCGUAAAUCUUCUCACGCGCAAUGAAACUAUGCAUACAGUAUGCAACAAAAUAGCUCUUUGUGCACCUAAUGAUUUUACAGCAGCAGUGUCUUUGGAAACUUCUCGAAUUAAACGAUCGUAUGAAAAAAAUCGUAUAAAGCACUGCACAUGGGGACCAGUUUACUGGUGUUCCACCAACGAAACAGCUCGCGAAUGUAAAGCUGUCGAACAUUGCAAAGAAAACGUGUGGAAAGCUGAUUUUGCUCCUCCAAAACAAAUCACUUUGAGCGAGGCAGAACCCAAUAUUUAACUUUGUAAUAAAAAAAUAAAUUGAACUAUUUCUUAAUACAAUAUUCUUACGAUCUUUAAAAUGCUUAAUCUUAUGAAUUUCAUAUUUCUUUAUGAUAUUAUAUGAAUGAUUGUUAGAAAUUCAUUUUUAGGGUAACCUAGCGCACUACACUUCUGAGGUAUAAAAAUGUGAUAGCACUGUUGAAAAUUUGUAAAAUGUAUAAUCGAAAAUUAUUGUGUGUAACCUAGAAAGUACAGGUGUAAGUAAGAGAUAAGCUUUUUACAAUAUUCAUAGAUCUAUUGCCGUCACAUUAAGUUCAUAUUUUGUAAUAAUUACUGUAAUUAUGAAACUUAAAACAUUAAAAUACAUUACAACAUAUAACUACA